AUGCAUAACGUCAUCCUCCAGAUGAACGUGGAAACCUUUCUCAGUUUAUUGGAAAUGGUCUACGAUAAGCUCGUUCUCACGAUGGAGAGAUGCGUAGAUCUCUGCGAGCAGAUCGUCAACAGCUUCAGGGCUGGUUAUGAGAAUAACCCCCCUAACGUGCUCAUGGACCUAGAAGGCGAGCCCUGGAUCUCCUGCGGCGGUGGCCACAUCGAGAAGAUCCCCAUGACUCCAUCGUAUACCAUCAAGGCUACACUGGCGGUUCGACGAUACUGUCGUCCUUAA